AUGAUUGAAAUCCUGGAAGGAAUUCCGGUGAUUGUGUAUAUUGAUGAUAUAUUGAUUUCUUCUGAGACAGAGGAAGAACACAUGAAGCUGUUGGAGAUGACGUUAGGCAGGCUGACAGAGGCAGGCCUGAAACCUAGUCUUAAGAAAAUGGAAGUAGGAAAGAAGGAAGUUGAUUUCCUGGGGUUUAAGCUAGGAAGAGACACAAGGGCUCUGACAACUAACACAAGGAAAAAGUUAGAAGAGCUAGAGAAAUCAGGUCCCCCAAAAUCUCGCAAACAGCUACAGUCAUUGUUAGGAACUCUAAAUUACAUUAGAGAGCUGAUACCCAAAUAUUCUCGAGAAGCCAGAGUAUUGUAUCAGGGCACAAAAGGAAAAGAUUGGAACUGGUCAGAUCAGAUGGAGGCCGCUAGGUUAAAACUGAUUAGAAUGGCCUUAAACAGUGGUCAGCUGGAGAGAAGAGAUGAGGAUGUAGCACUAAGGGUGCAGGUUGAAGAGACAGAACAGGAAGUUACUAUUACACUGUUCAACCACAAUGGGAAAGUGCCUAUUGCAUUUUUAACACACACACAGGAACCAGCAAUGUGUAAAUAUGAUGAGAAUGGGCCAGAGAGGGUUUUAGCAGCAGUCUCAAAACGACUCCUGCAGCUCAAAGCACUGGCUAAAGAGCAACCCAUUAUCAUUUACUCGCUGGCAGACGGGAGUGAGAGGGGAGGAAAAAUUAAGUGGGGAUUUUUAGUCAAAAGAGACGGACAGUUACUAACAUCACAAAGUGGUGAAAUAUCCGGAACGUCUCAGUUAGCAGAAGUAGUGGCAGCCGAGAAAGCUUUAGAAAAAGCCCUCGAAUUGGGCCACGAAGAGAUAGUUUUGACAUGUGAUUCAGAAUAUGUGGCAGACGGUAUAAACAAAGAGUUAGAGACGUGGAAAGUUAAUGGUUUCCACACAGCACGUGGUCCUUCAAAUAUGGAAAAAAAAGCUAAGUCUGAAGUUGAAGGUUAUCUGCACAACAUCUCUGAAAUAUGCCAAUCAAGAGAUGAUCAACAGUAUUUCACCGGAUUAUUACAAGAGGCUGAAAAGAACAGCCGUGUAGUAAUCUUUAAAACACGCCAGCACAACAUUUUUGUGAAUGCAGAAAAAGACAGAACUCCAGUCAAAUUAUGUAACAUCAGCUUUUCACCAUCUCGACAAAUUAAAGGAGACAUGGACAUAAUGGUCAAUAACAGUUCAUCAUUAAAAUGUGUCCGUCGGCUGUCAUUUGCCUUUGAAGAAAAGCUGCAGGAGACCAUUCAACACCAGAAACUGAAAAAUAUCCAAGAAGACCCCAGAGAAUAUCAAAGGGUCAACAUAACUGCAAAAGUUAUCAUGCUGACAGAGGAUUGUCCCGGUGUAACAAGAUCUGGAUAUAACCUUAGAAAAAGAACGUACGCCAUUGCAGAUGAUACUGCAAGCAUGUCCCUUUGUGUCUGGGGUGAAACACAUUUAGAAAUUGGCAAGUGGUACACAAUCAGCAAUGCGUCAGUAAGACAAAUUCUGUCUACAACAUGUUUGAGCACAACUUCUCAAACUACAAUUACCCUUAUGCCAGAUCAGAAAUGUGAAGUCGCAAAAGUUGUAGACGAUACCAGGACAACGGAGGGACAGGUCAUGACUGCCGAGGUGCAAAGUAACUACCUUUGCCCAAAGCAGCAUUUGCUAGAAAAUGUAAACAUGACCACAUCUAUCACCAGAUGUCAAAAAUGUUCCGCAUAUUGUAAAACACAAUCAAUCACGAAAGUGUUUAAGGCUAAAAUAACAAUCAAAGGAAAUGACGGUAAAAUGUCUGACUUCAUGAUCGAUGAUAAUAUCCUGCGCAACCUUCUCAAAAUACAGCAAGAUAGUAACGUUAAAGAGGAAGUUUGGGCUGCAAAAAUACUGGAAUCAGACACUUUCCAAGUUAAACAUAGAAAAAAUAGAGUAACUGAAGCGUACUUCUUGCCAAAUUCUGAGGUUUCUUCAGAGCAACGUUCAACAGAUGUGACCAACGUUCAAGAAACGACUGACAUGCCAAAUGAGCCCAUGCUCGAACAAUUGUUCAACUCUGCAAAUGAUACUGCAGUAGAUUCAGAAGAGAACAUAACAAAUAUGAUAAACAAUGCAAGUACAGAAAAUCAAGUGAACACAGAAGGAACAACUGACAUAAUGCCAAAAGCAGUGGCUCAGUACAGCAACCUGUCAAAAUGUGACAUCACCCCAAAACCAAAAAACAAAACCUAUAAAAAAACACCAAGGGAAAUAAUGCGUAAAUAA